AUGGCCAAGGUGGUCUUUUCGGUGAGAAGUGCAUACUACAUCCAAAAGGAGCGGGAAAUGGCAAAUAAGGCGAAAGGAUCCUCUAGUGCUAGAAAUAACUCAAUUUGGCGGUCCAUUUGGCAGCUCAAGAUACCAAAUGUCGAAAAGCACCUCCUUUGGCGUGCAUGUCACGAUAUCUUGCCAACUAGAGUCAAGCUUUGUGAUCAGAAGGCACUUACAGACCCUAUAUGCCCGGUCUACGAGAGGGAGCUUGAAACCAUCUUUCACACCUUGUGGCAGUGCCCAACAGCAGGUGAUGUUUGUACUAUCUUCCAAAAGAGUUGGUUUGAGGGGCCUGAUUUUCUACAAGUGAUUGAAGGGCUGUUCUGCAAAUGUGAUCAAAUGGAAUUUUCCCAGUUCUUGAGCAUAGCUAGACGCAUAUGGCUUCAGUGGAACGAAGUUGUCCACGGUGGGUCCUUUUCCCAUUCUAAUAAUAUUGUCCAACAAGCCCCUCAGGCGACAGAGGUCUUUACGUCCUUAUUGGUCAGGGUGAAGAUAGAACGGGAACCAACUAGAGAAUCCUCAGUGAAUAAAUGGAAGGCACCCCCCUGGGAUGGUUCAAAGCCAACUGGGACGCCGGUGUGGACAGAAAAAAGGGGUGUGUGGGGCUCGGAGUAG